AUGGAAGAAUCAAUAGAGGGGGGAAUGGUUUUAGACGCUCUGCCGUACAUCGACAGCGCGAAUGAAGACUACGAACAGUAUGCUCUCGCAUUAAUCGACGAUGAAAUGAAUAAUAUCAGUCCUAUGAUCACUCCAAAGUCAAUCCCCACAAAAUUUCGGACACCCUUGAUGAAAUACGAAUUUUCGCAAACCCCCGGAAUCUGGGAGCUUGACAGGCCUGAUAGCGAAACCAGAGUGAAAACGCCUGAAACGGAGAAUAUCGAUGAUUGGAAAAGAGCCGUUGAAGAAGCGAAAAUUGUCUACGAGUGGGAACGAUUGAGAUCUGUGUAUCUAGAAAUUGAUAAAGUUGGGGAGGGAAAUGCGGCAAGUAUAUGGAUGCAAUAUAAUAAUACUUUAGACCAUUUGAAAACGUUGUGGGAGCAAGCGCUUCACGCUCAGCGCGAUCGAGUGGAAGAAGUCAACCAUGGACGCCAGCAAGAGCAACUAACGGCCGGCGAAGAUUUGACCCUAUUGGCUACCGACUAUAACACGCGAAUACAAAAGUUGAUUACGUUGAAAGAAGCGGUGGCAAAUUUAAAUCAGCAGACUCGAGAAGGGAGUAAGAUACCUUGA